GUAUAACUUCAACAAAACGUACUCAACAUGGCGAUUCAUCAUCUCUUCUUCCUUUUCCUAUCCAUCAGUUUAAUUUAUGGUGUUCGUUCAACGGUGUUCACAAUAAAAAACAAUUGCCCAUACACCAUUGCACCAGGCACUUUGACCAGUACUGGAACACCAGUGACAACAGGAUUUGAACUGCCACCCCAAGCCUCAAACUCCAUUAACAUGACGCCAUCAUGGUCUGGUCGAGUAUGGGCUCGGUUCGGCUGUUCAAACAAUGGCGGAAGAUACAGUUGCAGCAGCGGAGAUUGUGGUUCUGGUCAAGUAGAAUGCAACGGUGCUGGUGCAGCCCCACCUGCAACCCUAGUUGAGUUCACCUUAGCAGAUGCGAGUUCUACAGACUUUUACGAUGUUAGCCUUGUUGAUGGUUUUAAUCUACCGGUUUCUGUGGUUCCACAAGGCGGGGGUUGUCCAACCACCGAUUGUCCUGUUGACAUAAAUGCUAGCUGCCCAUCAGAGUUGGCUGUGAAGGAUGGAUCCGGUAGCACAAGCGGGUGCAAAAGUGCAUGCCUGGAGUUUAACGAGCCGCAAUACUGUUGCACUGGCGCCAACAAUACACCGGAGACAUGCCCGCCAUCUAAUUAUUCCAAGUUUUUCAAAAAUCUUUGCCCAAAGGCUUAUAGUUAUGCCUACGACGAUAAGUCAAGCACUUUUACGUGCCCUACCGGGCCUGAUUAUCUCAUUACAUUCUGCCCUUGAUGUAUUAAUCAUAUAUAUCGACAUAAAAUAUCUG